UCUUUUGAUUUGCUUUUGGAGUAGUUUGAGUAGAGUUGAAAGUAGUCAUGGGAAGCUGCAAACUUGUGAUUUGUUUCUUGUUUUUUGAGAUGUUUUGGUGCUGGACUGAAGGUCUUGGAGUGAACUGGGGGACAAUGGCUGUCCGGCAGCUACCCCCUAAAACUGUAGUUCAGAUGCUGCAGGACAACGGGAUUAAGAAAGUCAAACUCUUUGAUGCUGAUUUCAACACCAUGAGUGCUUUGGCUGGGACUGAUAUUGAGGUCAUGGUUGCUAUUCCUAAUGAUAUGCUUGCUAUCAUGACUGAUUAUGAUGCUGCUAAGGAUUGGGUUAAGAGGAAUGUCACUAGGUAUAACUGGGAUGGAGGAGUGAAAAUCAAAUAUGUUGCAGUUGGAAAUGAACCCUUCCUCUCAUCUUACAAUGGCUCAUUCUUGAAUGUCACCUUCCCGGCAUUGCAAAACAUUCAGAAUGCACUCAUCGAUGCGGGGUUCGGGGACACCAUAAAGGCCACUGUUCCUCUAAAUGCCGAUGUUUACAAUUCCCCAUCGGUUCCAUCAGCUGGACAGUUUCGAACCGAUAUCAGUGAACUCAUGACUCAAAUUGUUCAGUUUUUCAACCAGAAUGGCGCUCCAUUCACAGUUAACAUAUACCCUUUUUUAAGCCUCUAUGCCGAUGUGCACUUCCCAGUAGAUUUUGCCUUCUUUGAUGGUGGAAGUACCCCUAUAGUCGACGGCCAAAUUCAGUACACCAAUGUAUUCGAUGCCAAUUUUGAUACAUUGGUCUCUGCCCUCAAGGCCGUUGGCUUGGGUAAUCUUCCAAUCAUAGUUGGAGAGGUCGGUUGGCCCACGGACGGUGAUAUCAAUGCAAAGGCUUCUUAUGCUGAAAGAUUCUAUAAUGGCCUUCUAAAGCGUCUCGCAGCCAACCAAGGCACACCUCUUCGGCCAAACACCAACAUAGAAGUCUAUCUUUUUGGCUUGAUCGAUGAGGACGCUAAAAGUAUCGCUCCCGGUGCCUUUGAGCGUCACUGGGGGAUCUUUAGGUACGACGGGCAGCCUAAGUUCCCUAUGGAUCUUUCCGGCCAGGGGCAGAACAAACUUCUUGUGGCAGCCAAGAAUGUGCAGUACUUGCCGCAAAAGUGGUGUGUGUUCAACCCAAAUGCAAAGGACUUGAGCAAGUUAGGUGAUAACAUCAACUAUGCUUGCACUUUCUCCGAUUGCACUUCUCUUGGUUACGGAUCAACCUGCAGCAAUUUGGACACGCAAGGUAAUGCAUCGUAUGCUUUCAAUAUGUACUUCCAAGUGCAGGGACAAAAGGAACUGAGCUGCGUUUUCGAAGGCCUUGCCAUGAUUACAACACAGAAUUACUCACAGGGGACUUGCGAUUUUAUCAUCCAGUUAGCUUCUUCCCCUUCCUUGCGGACAUCACAAUUUGUGAUGUUUGUAUUAGUGCUUAUUGUUAUUCUCUUCUUCCAAUCAGAGCAGUUGUAGAUAUUGAUUUCUGUAUGUUUUUUGCUAGCAAUUUUGUAUUAGUGAUAUUCCUUGUGACUCAUUUAAAUAAACUCCAUUUACUACCUUUGGUUCCUCGCUGCUUUUAUUUGUGAUAUUAUCACACAGUAUGGAGUGUAUUCAAUAACAAUAAGUCAACAGCAAAGCAGUCUAUAAAUUUUUGAUUUCUUC